GUGGGCCGGUCCCUUUGCUAACUCAAUAUCUUUUGAGGCAUGUUAGAGCUGUGGCUUCUGUUAUCUCCUUCAGGCCUCAGAGAAACACUGAGACCCAUGCCAUCCUACGAAAACUGUAAAUAUGGAUUUAAUUGAGAAGACUAUCUAAACAAGACAUCAUCAACAAGUGAAAAAGAAGUGCCUCACAAUGAAGACAGAGGGAUCAGUGACAUCCUUCCAAGACAGGCCGAUACCUCGAUGGAGUCUGGGUUCCAGCUCUGGACUGCAUUAUGGGUCCUUUGUAAACAGCCUGGCAUCACUUACACCAGAUGCAAAGGAAAAACCAGCCAUAUCACCCAGACAGGCCCAUAUAGCUGUAGCUGUGCUUUGCUACAUCAACUUGCUCAACUACAUGGAACGGUACACAAUAGCAGGUGUCCUCUUCAACAUUCAGAAGUUCUUUGACAUAAGUGACAGUACAGCUGGACUUCUACAAACAGUUUUCAUCUGCAGUUUCUUACUUUUGGCCCCUCUCUUUGGUUACCUUGGUGACCGCUACAACCGGAAAUACAUCAUGAUUGGUGGUUUGAGUGUGUGGCUGGUUACUGCAGCUGCCAGUUCUUUUGUGACUGACUCGUCCUUCUGGCUUCUGGUGUUGUUGCGAGGCAUGGUUGGGGUAGGAGAGGCCAGCUACUCCACCCUGGCUCCCACCAUCAUCGGUGACCUCUUUACUGGUGGCAAACGGAGCGUCAUGAUUUGUGUCUUCUAUGUCUUUAUCCCCGUUGGAAGUGGUCUUGGCUACAUAGUAGGGGCAGGGUGUGCUACUCUCACAGGGGACUGGCGCUGGGCUCUCAGGAUCACUCCCAUCUUGGGAUUAGUUGGACUUGUCUUGCUGGUUUUGUUAUGCCCUAACCCUGCCAGAGGUGCUGCAGAAACCCACGGAGAGGGAGUUACAGAGCAGAGCUCUUACCUGGAGGACAUCAAGUAUCUUCUGAAAAAUAAGAGCUAUGUGUUGUCAUCAUGUGGAGUGACAGCUAUGGCCUUCCUCACCGGAGCCCUGGCUUUCUGGAUGCCUACUUUUCUGUCCAGAGCUCAGGUCACCCAGGGAAUCCGGGAACCUUGCCAAAAAGAGCCCUGUGACCCCACAGACAGUUUAAUCUUUGGUGCUGUGACGGUGGUGACGGGUAUUGCGGGAGGGAGUCUUGGCACCACUUUAUCCAGAUGGUUUAGGGAUAAGGUGCCAAAUGCAGACCCACUCAUCUGUGCAGUGGGCAUGCUGGGAUCGGCCCCUUGUCUCUUUAUCACCAUAUUUGUGGCAUCAGCAAGCAUUCCUGCCACUUAUGUAUUCAUUUUCUUAGGUGAAUUAUUGCUGUCACUGAACUGGGCUGUUCUUGCUGAUAUCCUGCUGUAUGUUGUUAUACCAACUAAAAGGGCCACAGCUGAGGCUCUUCAGAUCACAGUCCUUCAUCUCCUGGGUGAUGCUGGGAGUCCCUACCUAUUAGGAGCGAUCUCUGAUGCUAUAAAUAAAUCUAAACCUGCAACUCCUGGUGCGAGCUUCCGCAGUCUGAAGUACAGCCUCCUGGCCUGCCCGACUGUUGGAAUCCUGGGUGGACUGUUUUUCCUCCUGACUUCCCGCUACAUCACUGAAGACAGGAAUCGAGUUCAGAGAUUAUUAGAAGAUCCCCCACAAGAGCAGGGUCCUGCACCUGAGCCAUCCAUGGAAAUGAGCAACAAGAGUAAUGAGUAAAGCUGGACAAAAGCAACCAUGCAGUUAAGUUAUUAAAUAUUUGAAGUUAAGCUUAAAAAAUAAAAAUAAAUACUGGUGUGGAGAGAUGAAUGUUGGAGCUGACCUAAAAGGGGGUCUUAUUAAUUCACACUGUAAGAUCAUUAAAUGCCUUUUUGAAAAUGUUUAAAAAUGUUUGUUGUACAGUUGAAGUCAAAUCAGUUUUAUUUAUGUUGCACUAAAUCAUAAAUUUGAUUUAAAGGGUUGUACAAUGUGAACAACCAAAAAGUCCAAGCUCGUUUUUCUCAUAACAGAGUGUUUUCAUAGUGUUAGCAAGGCUACCUGUACUGUUACAUUAUGACAGUUGUACCUCCCAAUCACCAUGCAGUACUUGAAAAGUAAAUGGUUAUGUUUUGCAAAUGUUACACAAAUGUUUUUUUGUUUUUAACAUUUCAAUAAAUUUACAGGCAAGAA